CCGGUAUCAAAAAAGAUGCCAAGGAAAAGUUCUUAUCUUUAUCAAACCAUGAUCGAUCUAAAUAUUUUAUGAAUUUAUUAAAUGAAAUUGCUGAUAAAGUACCAGUUCGACGUUCACGUUUAAGUACAAAUGAAAGAUUUCAAUAUAUUAAUUACGGUAAACCUGAAGAGCAAAUUAUUUUUUCUAUCAAGAUUAAUGUAAAAUCACAAGAUUUAGAUGAAAACACUGUUGAUAGCGUAGUAUUGGAUAUAUAUACUAUGAUUACAUAUAAGCAAAUUACUACCUUUUUCAAUGGUCUUACAAAUGAUUUAGAUGCUAGUUACGGCUUUGAAGUGAUGGAGAAAAUAAUUGAAGCUUUCAUGAAGUUUUGUGAGAGUAUAAAAGAAUUUUUUGGUGGUAUAAUAAAUUUUGUUACGGGAAUAAAAGAGAAAAUUUUUGGUGUUAUAGAAGGAAUGUACUAUACAAUGGCUACAUACGCAAAACUUGAAGAUGAUCAACCUUCAAUUGAAAACAUUAAAGAUUUGGUAAUAAUUUCUAUUGUAAAAGAUCCUGAUCAACCUUCAAGCAACGAUAAGGAACAAGAUAAAGAUAAAAAUUCCGAACAAAACAAAUAUUAUGAAAUAAUUGGAGAAGUUGUUAAGGAAAACAAACAUGAUUGUGUUCACAUAAUCACAAACACUUUUGAACAUUCUGACAAAUUAAAGGAAAUUUUUGAUGGUAAAAAAGUUGAAAUUUCUAACCAAAUAAAAUCCGAAGUUAAAAAUAUACCUAGCAUUCUUAAAAGAAUUUCUGAAGAUCAACAUGAAAGUUCUUGUAGUGAUGAUCUGAACAAUAUAAAUUCUGAAGACAUUGAUAUAGAAAUACAACCUACUACAAAAUUACUACAUGUUUUCAUAAAAAUACAUCAUGAAUUUCAUAAAAAGAAAAGAAAAUUAAUUUUGGCUGAGAUACAUAUUGGAUUUUCUGUUUUAAUAUUAGAAAAACUUUUCGGCAUAUUAUUGGAUCAAUUUUUUGUCCUAUUAGAAAAUAAAAUUUUAACCACUAUUGAAGAAAAGAUCUCAAUUAUUAAAAAUUCGAAAAAAAUUUCGAUUAGAGAUAAAGAAUUUGAAAAAAAAUUGGCCACAGUCGCUGGUGAAAUCAAAAAAGAAAUAUUUAAUCAUUUUCAACAUUUUAAACCUCAAGAUCUUAAUAAUAAUGAAAUAAUUAUUGAUGGGCAAGAAGUUUCUAAUAUACAAGCAAACAACUCCACUGAAAUUUCUAAAGAAAUCAAAUAUAAAAUUCUUAAUAAAUUUUAUAAAAAGAUUUCUAAUAUGCAAGAAACUCAUAAUGAUAUUUUUGAUGUGCAAAAAACUUCUAAUGAAGCUAAUGAAGAACAAAGUUUCACUGAAAUCACUGAUCAAAUUCAACGAACAAUUCAAAAAGAAUACUUUCUUAAGAGAAUUUACGAUAAAAUUUAUAGUGAACUAGAAAUUUAUGAUGGGAAAAUAACCCUUAUCGAGAAACAAAAACAAGAAACUUCUGAUCACGAAAAACAAGAAAAAGAAGCUAUUGAUCAAAUUCAGGAAUGGACUAAAAAUUAUUUAAUUGAAAUUCUUAAUAAAAUUUAUGAAGAAGAAACUUUUAAAGAAAAACAAAAUAAAACAUCUAAUGGGGAAGAAAAUCCUAGUAAAGAACAAAAUUACACUAAAAUUUCGAUUGAAAUCAAAAAGAAAAUUUCUGAUGAAAUUCAUAGAAGAAUUGAAAAAGAAUAUUUUUACGAAAUUCUUGAGAAAAUUUACAAAGAAGAGGAUAAUACACAAGAGGACAAUAAACAAGAAGACAAUAAAACGGAGGAAAAUAAACAAGAAGACAAUAAAAUAGAGAAAAAUAAACUUCUUAACCAGGAAACAAACAAAAUUCUUGAAAAUAAUGAACCUUUUGAGAAA